AUGUCCGAAGGAAUUACAAACGACCAAAUGGAGCCGCUACCCACGGGUUGGGAGAAGCGGAUGAGCCGUUCCAAUAGUCAGUUCUUAGCGUUUUUUUUCGACGUUAAUGUUCCGGUCGAAUCCAUCAAAGUUAUAGCCGAUUCACGGCUAACUUGGCACGCUGAGGGGGCGUGGCGUGUCUGCGCUCUUCACCAACCAUGCACUAUCUCUUUUAUUAUCGUGUCAGGACCCUUUUUUCGAUGGCUCAAGCCUGCCGUGAAUCAGCUAUACUUCAAAGUGUGUUCCAUCUGAUUUCUAGCAAAACCUCAAAACUUUCAUUUUUGCUUUUUUCAAAGUUUUGAGAAUCACCUUUUAAAAAACCGAGAUGAGUUCAAUCUCAUGCACUUUAUGUUCAGACCGAGAGUACUACUUCAACACGGCGACUGGACGCAGUCAGUGGGACCGUCCUUCCGCCUCGGCUUUCACUAAAGUCGUCUCGAAUUGUUGAUUCUUUGUAUUUUUUCUCGUUUCCAGGGAAGCGAAUUGACUGCGGUCCGUGCCCUACACAUCUUAGUGAAGCACGCCGGCAGCCGAAAUCCAUCCAGUUGGAGAUCCGACCACAUCUCUCGCAGCAAAGAAGACGCCAUCAGCAUUAUCCAAGGUUUCCUUUUUUUUAGGUUUUUAAUCCUUUUACAGAACUUUGACAAAAAGUUAUAUAGCUGUGGAACAUUUGGAAAAAGUACAUUUUUUUAUUAAAAACGAUUUUUUUCUUUGUAGAAUCUGUAAAUACUCUGGUUUUUGCGAAGUCAAUUUUAUAAUUUAACUCUGAUUUAGAAUGUAUUUUUUUGAUUUUUUUAACCAGAAAAAAAUGAGGUUAUUUGAAGUGAAUUUGCUUCUUUUUAUAGACAUAACAAGAACAGGCACAAUAAGAGUUUUUAAAAAAACUGACAUAUAUGGUUUUAAUAAAUGAAUGAAAGGCAAUUGAGGCUUUCACGAAGGAAGAUGGUGAGGUAAAAAAUCUGUUUUGCAGAUUUUAUCAGUGACAUCCGAAGCGCGCCCGACUUGGAAGCCAAAUUCCGGUCGAUUGCGAAAGAGUUCAGCGACUGCAGUUCGGCGAAACGUGGCGGCGAUCUCGGGGUUUCCUUUUUUGAACAUUUAACCAUAGGCUGGAUUGGGCCAGUCAAAGAACGGAUUCAAAAAAUACCGUGAGAUUCAAAAAAUGCCUAGAAAUAUUGAAUGAAAUUUGGAGGGCUAUUGAGAUUAUUUAAAGUCUCCGAAAAAAAAUUUACUUUAUUUAGUGGAAAAAUAAUUUACACGGCAGAAAAAUUCAGUAAAGGAUUCUCGCGUUUCCCAGUAUUUUCUAAACGAAAACAACGUUUCCAGAUAAUGUCCGAAGGAAUUACAAACGACCAAAUGGAGCCGCUACCCACGGGUUGGGAGAAGCGGAUGAGCCGUUCCAAUAGUCAGUUCUUAGCGUUUUUUCAACGUUAAUGUUCCGGUCGAAUCCAUCAAAGUUAUAGCCGAUUCACGGCUAACUUGGCACGCUGACAGCUGUGUGCGCGGUGAACAUCGAGUUAGAAAUUGAGGCUUACAUGGUAGAUGGACCUAGGGGAGAGUGCUCUGCUGAAUGGCGCUGACGCUAUGCUAGGUUCGAUCCCUUUUGACGCGAAACUUUUUUCGCUCUUGUUUUUUCAAUUCUUCUACACUCUAUAAUCAGAAAAAAAAACAGCGCAAAACGGUUGAAUUGGAGAAGAAGAUUGAAAAUUGGAAAAGAACGAAGGAGAAACCUUCAGCAUACCUUUUAGCUAUAUCUGAGCUAUCUCGGAGGUACUUUAGAGUCUCCCUCAAGUCUAUCUCAUUUUGCUCAAAGUCCUCAGAGGUAUACUCGGGUUACCAUCGAUAGGCUUCAGACCCUGCGAUAUGCCUCAGAGGGUCUCGCGAUACCCUUUCUCGAUUCGUCUAUGAAGAGCAUCCAAACAGCGUGCCAAGUAGAGACACAUGUCUAUUUUUCGGAAAAAAUUCCUUCAAUUUUUUUUGACUUCUGUUAAUUGACAGGCUUACAUAGACGUGAAUCGUUAUCAAUUUCGAGAAUUGAAACCUUGAAAAUACGUUCAAAUUGAGCUUCAGGGCGACCUUAUCGAAUAAUUUGCUGAACGUCGCAAUAAACUCCCUCGCUAACGGCCUUGAUGCGUAAUGAAGUAACUUUGAGUCAAGAUUUUUUUUUUCCAGUGUUGUACUUGGCGGUAAAAAUCACUGAAAACAUUUUUUGGUGGUUCGGCCCGGCCCAAAAAGCUGAAGUUUUCUUGAUUUCGGAUUUUUAGCCGUUUUAACGAGAAAAGCGGGGUUUUUGCUCAUUUUUCUUCAUUGAGUUAUUAAAAAAUGUGAUUCAACAUGUAAAAAUAAUUUUUCGGUGAAAAUGUUUUUAAUGAAAUAAAAAAGUUUCUUGAAUCUCUGGCCCGAGCUUUUUCUUCGAAAUUAAAAAAAAUCAAGGCCUAGGGGGCUUUAGGCCUUCAUAGCCAAGCCUGCCUGCCUUGCCAUAAACGCCCAAAAGGCAGAAACGACUUUUCCGAAAGUCAACGUGGCACGGCGGUCAUCAUAUUAUAGAAGAAGGCUUGAUGAAGGUAGGAAUAAUGACUGGAACAAAAAUGAGCUCGGGUCGGCGAGAGCUAAUGCUACAAACUUUUGUCGCAGUAAUUAUUCCUCCACCCUGUAUUGUUUAAUGUUAUCAGAUGGAAAAGAUCUGUAUAUUUUGAGAGCAUCUCACUUUUUAGCAGAUUUUCGCGGCAGCUUUUUGAGACCAAGCUUGGAAUCAGCUUGGUCUCAAAAAGAGCAUCUCACUUUUUUGCAAAACUACACCUGGUCUCAUUCCGAAGUGACCGCAGACCAUUCCCUGAUAAGAAAUAUUCUCCAUAAAUUAUCAAAUAAUCAAAAGAUGUUCAAUUCAUCUUUAGCUGAAAGAUUUCUUCAUGACAAAGAGAAAAAGUGAGAUGGUUUAUGUGGACUUCUCUCUAGAAAAGAGCGGAAUUUGAUAACCGUGCGCAUUUUCCUGAUGUUAGAAAGAGAGCGCGAUUUCCUGUACAAAAUUGGAAAAAAGAGUGCGCAUUUUCCUUACGUGCGCACGAGAAAAGAGUGCGCACAGCGCGCACUUUCCGGCAUGCCACCUUUGUGAAUAGAAAAAGAGACUUACUUUUCUUCCGUAGUUUGCAUUGAUUUCGUGAUUUCACAUCUGUGAUUAUCAUUUCUUUACUUAUUACAUUAAUUAUUUGGUUUUAGAGAUGGUCAAGACUACGAUACGUUUGAUCGGCGAAGAUAAUGAUAAAAUAUUCAAGAGGAUUGAGUUAGAUCCACAGGUUUUCACUUUUAUGGUUGAUAAUAAUUGAUUUCGUGUUAAUUUCAGAUUCAUGUCGAUGACCUGGUGAAGGAAAUUGAGAAUGUGACGAGUAUUCCACCCAAAUUUCAACAAAUCAAAUUCCGUGGUGAUGAGCUACCUGAUGUUGAGCGUCCUCUUCAAGACAUCAAGUUUGGCGAAGAAAUUGUUGUUGUAAGUUGAAUUUUUAAUAUUAGAAUUUACUGUUAAUACUUUUUAUUAUCCUAGUUUUAUUUAAAAUUGUUAUUGCACAUAGUAAAUAUAAGCUCAUGACUUUUUUGAGAUUCAAAAAAGUGUUAAGCAAUUCUUCUACAGCUAGUGAAUUUUAUAACAGUUUUAUUUAAAAUUGUUGUUGCACGAAAUUAAAUAUAAGCCCAUGACUAAUAGUGCAUUUCAGAAACACAGUGGACUGCACAAUUGGGCAGCAUGCUUAGUUUUUGCCGAAAGUGUUACGCAGAAGAAGCCCGAUCAUUUAAAGGCUAAAUUUGCUAAACGAGGAUCUAAAAUUUUAAUCGCCCUUGAAAAUUGUGAUUUCUUCGAUACGUAUCCUUCUUUUGCUAAUAAGUUCGUGGAGUUAUCGACGGUGUUUGACCGUUUCAUCAUUGGAGUUGAAGAGAACAUAAAAAUAGUGAGUAUUUUUGACGGCACUUUAUUGAGUCAAUAAUUGCAAUUUCCAGGCUGUGGCAUCCUACUUCAGAAAUUAUUUCGCUAAUGAAGCUCUUUCGAUUACAUUUUCUCCAAAACCGGACACUGGGGCUCAGGUUAUUAAAUCUAUUUCUUGCAUGGUUUUCUCUGUUAUUUUAUAGGGUGGAUUUAUCGUUCACGUAGCUAAUGCCGAUUAUUUUGUCAAAAAUCAUACCUUUAUGGGGGGUCGUGGUUCUGCUCAUUCACGCGUCGAUAAGCGAGAAAUAUUCGUCUAUCGGCUUUUGCAAUUUAUGGGAAUUGGUGCCGAUGCACAUUUCAUUCCGAGUGCUUAUUCGAGGUGCUACACAUCAGCACUCGCUUUACAUAUCGCCACAAAGAGAGGUAUUUCGAUUUUAUUUGACCAUGUUAUUACGCUACUUUGUUUUAGUUCAAGGAUUCUUCAAACGGGCCCACCGAUCCGCAUGUCCGUUUACAGACGAACAUCAAAUGCUCUUGGACUUGAUUAGGAAGCUUUUAUGUUUGUGCGAUCUUAAUUCUGGAAACUAUGGGCUUAAUGACAAGCAUCAACUGAUUAUUAUAGAUUUUAUGGUAAGCGUAUGAAUAUAUCUUUUCGGAAAAACUAUUGAAUGUUUUUAGGUCAUACCCCAAGAAAGUUGUAUUCACAGUGCUACACUUUUCGGACAGCGACUCGACCAUCCUUCACUGAACAUGAUUAUAAAAAAUUGGAAUCUGCUUGAAAAUUUCACAAAGGCAACUGAGAGCAUUGCGGAUGAUUGCAAGCGGAUGGAGCACAUUAUUUGGAGAAAUAGCUAUGAUGAAUAUUUGAAAGUCGUGUUGGAGAAUAUUAGGUUGCUAAUUAAUAUGUUGUAAAUAAAGGUAUCUUAAUUUUGGUGUGGAGUUUUUGGGUGUCCCAGAAAUCUAGGUUUUGAGAGUUGAUGGGUAUAUAAGGCGGCCCUUUAACAUCUUUGCCACUUCUUCAUUCUAGAUUCAAAUUUCCACUUCUUCAUUCUAGAUUCAAAUUUCAAGGUUCGACGUAAAAGGAUGACGAGAUGAUCUUUCAAUUCAAAUUUCUGAAAGUAAUUUUCAUUCUUACUCCUUCAAUUUCAAAUUUUUUCAGCUUUUCUCACUGGUCGGGUUGAGCUUCUCUAUUUUCUUCACCUUUCUGAUUGCUUGGCGGGGAUUCUCUAACGGCUCUUCGAAAGAUCAUCAGAGCAACCAUGAGAAGAAGCUCAGCCGAGGUUUCCCCGUCCUUCAUUAAUAUGUUUUCAAACCAUUUGCUGUGGAUUUUCUUAUGAAACAAGGGAUUUUCUUACAGACACGUAUUAAACCUUCAGUUCACUAUUGAACUUUUUUUUAACCUUGUUUCUCUUCAGAUUUUACGGAAGCAGAACGUGUCGCUUUGCAAAAAACGUUCCUCGUCGCCGCUGUCAUGUCCUCGCGAAAGGAUGUCGAAACUAGGAAUUUGAUUCGUAAUACUUGGCUAAAACUGGGGCGAAAGGUACAGCCAAAAAUUAUUUAUAUGGCUUAUUCACAAAUGUUUCCAGGGGCCUUCUACUUUCACCUACUUCUUCUCAGUUGGAACGAAGUCCGUUGCCGGCGAGGAUGAGGUUGAACUUCAAAAGGAAAACGACACCUAUAGAGACAUUGCCUUUCUACCCAAUUUAGAAGAUUCAUACGAGAAUCUGGCGCAGAAAACACUCCCCACGUUUGAAUACGCCCUCAAAAAUUAUGAUUUUGACUUUGUCUUCAAAGUGAGGCGAGAAGAAGGGGGAAGAUUAUCUUGUUUUCGAGACUGACGCGGAUUCUUUCGUACGAAUCAAAGGCCUGCUAGGAGCUCUUCGUGAGGUACAACAUCCGAUGCUCUACUGGGGAUUCUUGGACGGACGCGCCAAGCCGCGACGCAAAGGAAAGUGGAGUGAGCCGGAGUGGAUGCUCUGCGACCGUUAUCUGCCUUAUCAGGUCUUUUUAAACUCAUAAUUUUCACCUAAUAGUUUGGAUACUUAUUUCCUACUAAAACCAUUUUCCACUUGGAACUUCUCUAAAUGUCUGAGUGGUUUCUUAAAUGAAGUUAGCUCAGCAAGUAAUGUUGAGCUUUUAUAUUAAAUUUUUGAUAUUGUUUCUGAAUUGCAGCUUGGUGGUGGUUACGUGCUCUCUCACACAUUGGCGAAAUUCAUAUCGACGAAUUCGCAACUUCUGCGAACUUACAAGAACGAAGAUGUUUCCGUCGGAGCCUGGCUUGCAGGUUCUUCAUCUAGUUUUUUCGAAAAAAAUCACGCGGAAUUUUUUUGAUUGCUGAGUCUACAGGACAGCAAUGGCUUUUGAACCGCGUCUGUUGACCAGUUAUUGAAUUUUAAGAAAAGUUGGAAAGCUAUUCUGAAAUUUCCGAAGCUCUGACACCCAUAAAAAAAACAACAGUGAAAUAUGACACUUUUCGUUGAUGUUUAGUCCUAAUUUUUACUGACAGUGUAUGCAUUCAAGGAUUGAAAGUGCGGUAUGUGCACGAUCCGAGGUUCGAUACGGAGUGGACCUCGCGCGGAUGCAAUAACGAGUACCUCGUGACGCACAAAAAGUCGCCGGGGGAGAUGUUGGCCAUGUUCGAUUCGCUGAAGAGCCACGGUGUUCUUUGUCCCAAACAGUACCAGUAAGAACUCAAUACCGAUUUUUCUGAAUACAUUUUUUUGAUUUUCCAGAACUCGACCUUCCUACGUCUACAAUUGGGCGGUUCCGCCCAGUGAGUGCUGCACUAGAAUCAACGGGUCACGAAUUCCUUGAAAAACCACGGUUCAUAUUGUUCUUUUGCCGAGACAGCUUCCAAUUCUUGUUCAACUCACUCUGGUACAUUUGUUCAUUUUGUUGCAUAAUAAAUUUUUCAACUUCUUUUCUAGUUCUCGUAUGAUAAUAAGAACGUUUUCAUCGGACUUUACUUCUUCAUAAAGAAAAUAUUUCCAUUUGAAUUGGUUAGACUCCUUUUGAAGCAACCGAAAAUCUUUGAUUGUAUGAAAUCUCAGACAACUUACAAAAAAUUGAAUAUCGUUUUCAAAGUUUUUUGUUGCUUUUGUUGGAGGAUUGAAUGAAAUUUGGAGGGCUAUCGAGAUUAUUUGAAAGUCUCCGAAAAAAAAAUUUACUUUGUUUAGUAGAAAAAUAUUUUACACGGCAGAAAAAUUCAGUAAAGGAUUCUCGCGUUUCCCAGUAUUUUCUAAACGAAAACAGCGUUUCCAGCUAAUGUCCGAAGGAAUUACAAACGACCAAAUGGAGCCGCUACCCACGGGUUGGGAGAAGCGGAUGAGCCGUUCCAAUAGUCAGUUCUUAGCGUUUUUUCGACGUUAAUGUUCCGGUCGAAUCCAUCAAAGUUAUAGCCGAUUCACGGCUAACUUGGCACGCUGAGGGGGCGUGGCGUGUCUGCGCUCUUCACCAACCAUGCACUAUCUCUUUUAUUAUCGUGUCAGGACCCUUUUUUCGAUGGCUCAAGCCUGCCGUGAAUCAGCUAUACUUCAAAGUGUGUUCCAUCUGAUUUCUAGCAAAACCUCAAAACUUUCAUUUUUGCUUUUUUCAAAGUUUUGAGAAUCACCUUUUAAAAAACCGAGAUGAGUUCAAUCUCAUGCACUUUAUGUUCAGACCGAGAGUACUACUUCAACACGGCGACUGGACGCAGUCAGUGGGACCGUCCUUCCGCCUCGGCUUUCACUAAAGUCGUCUCGAAUUGUUGAUUCUUUGUAUUUUUUCUCGUUUCCAGGGAAGCGAAUUGACUGCGGUCCGUGCCCUACACAUCUUAGUGAAGCACGCCGGCAGCCGAAAUCCAUCCAGUUGGAGAUCCGACCACAUCUCUCGCAGCAAAGAAGACGCCAUCAGCAUUAUCCAAGGUUUCCUUUUUUUAGGUUUUAAUCCUUUUACAGAACUUUGACAAAAGUUAUAUAGCUGUGGAACAUUUGGAAAAGUACAUUUUUUAUUAAAACGAUUUUUCUUUGUAGAAUCUGUAAAUACUCUGGUUUUUGCGAAGUCAAUUUUAUAAUUUAACUCUGAUUUAGAAUGUAUUUUUGAUUUUUUAACCAGAAAAAAUGAGGUUAUUUGAAGUGAAUUUGCUUCUUUUUAUAGACAUAACAAGAACAGGCACAAUAAGAGUUUUAAAAAACUGACAUAUAUGGUUUUAAUAAAUGAAUGAAAGGCAAUUGAGGCUUUCACGAAGGAAGAUGGUGAGGUAAAAAAUCUGUUUUGCAGAUUUUAUCAGUGACAUCCGAAGCGCGCCCGACUUGGAAGCCAAAUUCCGGUCGAUUGCGAAAGAGUUCAGCGACUGCAGUUCGGCGAAACGUGGCGGCGAUCUCGGGGUUUCCUUUUUUGAACAUUUAACCAUAGGCUGGAUUGGGCCAGUCAAAGAACGGAUUCAAAAAAUACCGUGAGAUUCAAAAAAUGCCUAGAAAUAUCUUAAGCGUUCCUAAGUUGACUGAAACAAAGAUUCGAAGCUACUGCAGUUCACUUCCGCAAUUUUUUCUUAAUGACUUUUUCCAAAUUGUUUUUAGUUACUGUGAAGCCGGUAAUGCACUUGUUCGUUUCUGUAGAAUUGAGAAAAUGACAUAAGCUGAUGAAUUCGCAUUGGAUUUAUUCCGAAUUUGACAGCUUUAUAAAGAAGUAGUUUUAUUUCGUACAACCAUUUUAAAGACGGCAUAAAUGUAGGGAAGAAGUGUAAAAAGUUAAAACAGAAAAUUUUUUUUUCAAAAAUUUUUCGUAACUUUGAUAGGCUUUUCGAAACUUUCCUGUUGUUCUAGCGAUUCGAGCGACGGCAAAUGCAAAAACCUUUCGAAGACGCAGCUUUCGGACUCGACGUCGGAGAAAUGAGCGACGUCGUCGACACGAACUCCGGCAUCCACAUUAUUCUCCGUGUCGAAUAG